ACAAUUCGCAGUGUUCUAAGUUUUUCAUAGAAUGUUAUUCCAUAGAAUACGUAUUCAAAUGUCAAGUCAUUAUAAUUUUGACUGCUAAGCAUGUAGUAUAUCGUGACUACUUGCAAUAUAAAUUAUCUUUCGCUGUUUGCUUAAAAAAGUUCAACUAAAAUUUAUUAAAAUGGCAAUGUUAAUCGAGGUCUUAGCAUAUCAAAAAGGUCAUCGAAAUCCGAAUCAUUAUCUUAGGCACUUCUAAAUUAUGGCGAACGUGGGCUUGUGUCGUGUUUCUCUUUGAUAGUUGACUAUUUGCAACUAUGUAUGUACGUAUCGCCCAUUCCAGUGCGUGAUUUGAGGUAUCCAGCUAAAUCAAAAAAAAAAAAAAAAAAAAAUCAGAAGAAAUAUUGCUGCAACCGGCAGUCAAUGGCUAAUUUUGGGUUGACGUGAGCGGUUUCGUUUUUGGGUCAACGCAUUAAUUAGUCUCCUUGUUAAUUACACACGGCUCUCUCACACCCAGUUUAUGUGUGCCUGCUUUGCAGACAAUGAUGGAAUCGGUAUAAUCAGUAACCACACUCGGCAUCGUCGCUCGACCACCGGUACAUCGUCAUCGGCUGGAACUCCAGCCAGUUGCAUGCAAGAUGCACGUUUUUACCGGAAUCCAAACAGGCCGGUCCACAAGAUCUGGACGAACAGUGAGUGCGCCAAGUAUUUCCUCUGCCUCGAUGGCGAGGUGUUCGAGUUCAAGUGCUCCGAGGGAUUGCUCUUUGAUGUAGUGCGUCAGAUCUGUGACUUCAAGGCGAAUGUGGAUAAUUGUGAUGUGAGCGCAGAGACUCCGGCGCCAAAGCCACUGUUGGAGAUGGCCGACUGUGCCGAUGAGUACCAAUUGGGAUGCGCUGAUGGCACAUGUCUGCCGCAGGAGUACUUUUGCGAUGGAUCGGUGGAUUGUCCCGAUGGAUCCGAUGAAGGUUGGUGUGAUGUGGAGCACGAUCCAAAUGCGGCUGGCGUUUGUGAUCCUCGAAACUGCCAACUGCCUCAGUGUUUCUGCUCAAAAGACGGCACACAGAUACCCGGCAAUAUACCAGCACAAAAUGUGCCACAGAUGAUUCUGCUGACCUUCGAUGAUGCCAUCAAUCAUGAUAAUUGGGAGCUGUUCUCCAAGGUUUUGUUCACGCAAAAUAGGAGGAAUCCCAAUGGCUGUCCAAUAAAGGGCACCUUUUACAUUUCCCACCCGUUCACUAACUAUCAGUAUGUGCAGAAGCUAUGGAAUGAUGGUCACGAGAUCGCAGUGCACUCAGUCACUCAUCGGGGCCCGGAAAUGUGGUGGUCAAAGAAUGCUACAAUAGAGGAUUGGUUUGACGAGAUGGUUGGACAGGCGAACAUUAUCAAUAAGUUUGCAUCCGUGCGAAUGGAGGAGAUCCGGGGAAUGCGUGUUCCUUUUCUCCGUGUCGGCUGGAACAGGCAGUUCCUCAUGAUGAAGGAGUUUGGCUUCGUAUACGAUUCCUCCAUGGUGGCACCGCAUUCUAAUCCUCCCCUCUGGCCGUAUACCUUGGAUUACAAGAUGCCACACAGCUGCACGGGCGUAAAUCAGAAUUGUCCAUCUAGGAGUUAUCCAGGAAUUUGGGAAAUGGUUAUGAAUCAACUGGAAGCGGGUGAAUACAUGUGCGGCAUGGUGGACAGUUGUCCGCCUCAUUUGAGCGGCGAAGAUGUUUACAGAAUGCUGACCCACAACUUUAAGAGGCACUACCUAAGCAAUAGGGCUCCAUUUGGCCUGUAUUUCCAUUCCACUUGGUUUAAGAAAAUCGACUAUCUAAAUGCAUUCCUGAAAUUCCUCGAUGAUCUGCAAAAGCUGCCGGAUGUUUACUUUGUGACCAGCCAGCAGGCGAUUCAAUGGAUGCGGCAUCCCACGCCGAGCAAUCAGCUGCAUCAAUUUGAGUCUUGGCACUGCCAGCCGAAGGAUUUGGACCCCCACGAGCGGGUCUGCAACUUGCCAAAUGUAUGCAAGGUGCGGAGUCGGGUGUUGCAGGAGGAUCGAUUCUUCUACACGUGCACGGAAUGUCCUGCUCAGUAUCCCUGGAUUCGCAACGAGUUCGGCUUGGACUAAGGUGAUAGCCCGCUUAACAAUAAGUAGCUGCCCGGAAAGGGUUUUCCUUCUGCAUAUUCACUGGGUUGUACUGAAGUCUUAGAUUUUCCUUUUAGAAGAAACUUCUUUGCAGUUAUCACUUUUUGAUAAAAGUUUUUUAAAAAUCUUAUUGAUUUAAGACCCAUUAUACAAAAUUUUGAUUAUAACAAUAUGAGAAGUGCAAUAUCUAUAUAUGUUUCUAGACAAAUUAAUAUUUAUUAAUUAGAGAUAAAAAAGAUAAAUUUGAUACGGUAUAGGAAUCAAAUACUAAAUUCAGAACUUGUCUGAACUAUUGGAAAAUUUCUAAACUCAGAUUCAGAACAACAGAAGUAUGUAUAUUAAAGAAGUAAAAAACUUUCACGGGCUGACAAAAGUUGUAUUUUGUGGCCUAAUU